UACAAUUUAAAAUUUAAGCUCCUGACUAAAUAAUGAUUCCGCAGUCAACUGCUAUAGAAUCUGGGCACCCAGUGCUUCUGGAGGGUGCAUCGGGGUGUAGGCAAGGGCAGGGGGAGUGGGCGAAGCUGCUGGUUGGUGCCUGAAAUCUGUGCGUUGCCCCUUUAAUUGUGUCCCCAGCCCUCGGGCGUUUCUGUCCAACGCCCACGUCAGCAAAUACCUUUUGUUUCUCUCACGUUGGGGCUACUUGUUUUAGGGCGCAAAGGAACGGCUUCGUAAAGGGGUUAUUUCCCCCGCCGAGAACCUGGAAUCUUCUCCCAACCCGCGCGCACGACCCGUAAGGGACGGUCCUUCUCCAUAUACAGGCUGUGUUUGACUUGGAACCUUCCCUUCUUUACUUCAUUCACUUGGCUUAACAGGGUUGUAGGAGCAGCAUCCAUAUAGCUCCAGAAUGGAGAUCUCCUCCCAUCAGUCUCACCUCCUGCAACAACUGAAUGAGCAGCGCAGGCAAGAUGUAUUUUGCGAUUGCAGUAUUCUAGUCGAAGGGAAGGUCUUCAAAGCACAUCGGAAUGUAUUAUUUGCUAGUAGUGGCUACUUUAAAAUGCUUCUUUCUCAGAAUUCGAAGGAGACAAGUCAGCCAACGACAGCUACAUUUCAGGCUUUCUCCCCUGACACUUUCACGGUUAUUCUGGACUUUGUCUAUUCAGGAAAACUGUCUCUAACUGGCCAGAAUGUCAUAGAAGUGAUGUCAGCUGCUAGCUUCCUUCAGAUGACUGAUGUCAUUAGUGUAUGUAAGACUUUUAUUAAAUCUUCAUUAGAUAUUAGCGAGAAAGAAAAAGAUCGCUAUUUCAGUCUCUCAGAUAAAGAUGCCAAUUCUAAUGGCAUAGAACGUUCCUCUCUUUAUAGUGGUGGCUGGCAAGAAGAAAGCAGUUCUCCACACUCUCACCUAAGCCCCGAUCAAGGAACAGGGGUAGUAAGUGGGAAGUCUUGGAGUAAGUAUAAUUACCAUUCAGCCUCCCAAAGAAAUACUCAGCAACCUUUGGCCAAGCAUGAACAAAGGAAAGAUUCCAUCAAAAAGUCCAAACAUUUGAGGUUGUCACAGCCUUCUGAAGUUACUCAUUAUAAGUCAAGCAAACGAGAAGCACGGACAUCUGAUUCUUCCAGCCACGUUACCCAAUCUGAAGAACAAGCUCAAAUUGAUGCUGAAAUGGACUCAACACCUGCUGGCUAUCAGUAUGGUCAAGUUUCUGAUAUCACAUCCAGAAGUUUUCCAGACGAUCUGCCCAGGAUGCGAUUCAAGUGCCCAUACUGUACCCACGUGGUGAAGCGGAAAGCUGACCUAAAGCGUCACCUUCGUUGUCACACAGGUGAAAGGCCCUAUCCGUGUCAAGCUUGUGGAAAAAGAUUCAGCAGGCUAGACCAUCUAAGCAGCCAUUUUCGAACGAUUCACCAGGCAUGCAAACUAAUCUGCAGAAAAUGCAAACGCCAUGUGACUGAUCUGACGGGGCAAGUGGUACAGGAAGGAACCAGGCGCUACAGACUCUGUAACGAGUGCCUCGCCGAAGUUGGGAUAGACAGCCUCCCCAUCGAUUUGGAAGAACAACGUCUUAUGUCCCCGUCGGAAGGAGAUAAGGAUUCCAGAUGGCACUUGAGUGAAGAUGAGAAUAGAUCCUAUGUGGAGAUUGUAGAGGAUGGUUCUGCUGAUCUGGUCAUACAGCAGGUCGAUGAUAGUGACGAAGAAGAAGAAAAGGAAAUAAAGCCCAACAUUAGGUAGCUGUAAUGUGAACCAACAGAGCUGGCGUGUCUGUGAUUUACACUGACUUCCUGUAUCUCUCUCUUUACACGGGCAGAGUCUGGUUAACCAGCUUAUAUUGACAAAAGAAAUGACCUGACAUAACUUGCAUGCUUUUCCGAACAGGCCAUUGUGUCCAGUCUGAACUUUGUUGCCCUACAAUAUGUUGCUGCACUGGAAAGAAAGACCUAGCUUGAGUUGGCAUGAUGGAUGAACAAUUAAUCCUUUUACUUUAUUACAGAGGUACUUUUUUUUCUCCUAAUAGUGGAAGAUGUACUUACCAAAUUUUUUUCAAAGAAAAUAUUUUAAGUAAAUUGACCACAACCAAACUUCAUGUAAGACAAGUUCAAGGUGCUUCAAAAAUACAUUAACUAAACCAAUAUCGAAUUUUUAUAGGGAACCAGGUAAUAGCACAUUUAAGGGUCUGGCACCCCACCUGACUGAACUAAGAAAUCUUUGUGUUAAUUUCAGAUCUGAAACAACCUAUUCCAGUAUCUUAAGUGUUUUAGAAGUAUGGCUGAAAACUAAUAGAAAAUAUUUAAAAUCAUUCAUAUUUGAAAAGUUUUUCAUUAAUUAAAAAAUUAUAUCGUCAGUACUGUUAAAACAAAAAAUCUAAAGUGGGACUGACCCAAGAUUGUGUACAGGGUUCACUUUCUUAAAGGAGGAAGCUAAUGCUGCCUGAAAGUCAAGGUAAUAUGUGAAGACCUGUCAAAAUAGCUCUCUUCUUCUCCUAAAGGAAGAAAGGAAAAAGAAAAAAAAAAAAAAACAGGAGGCUCUUAAGAAUAAUUUCUAACAUUUAUGUAGUGCUAUAUUAUUUAUAAAGUGCUCUCACACACAUUAUCUCACUUAAUCAGCAAGGUAGAUAUUAUCUCUGGUUUACAAAUGAAGAAAUUCAGGUCAGAAAGUUGAGCGGUGGGACGGUGAUUAGACAGGCUGUGGUUUUAAACACAGGCUCCUUUCAGCUCUCCCCACACGGCUCCUGAAAUAGCUGAGAAUUAAAGUCAAGCCUCACCGACCUACAGUAAUUAUAAAAGUAAGCCAAUCAGAAUUAGAAGGCUUGAAAGAAGAGGAAUUUACUCAUCUUAAAAAUAUAUAUAUAUCUUAGAGUUAUUCAAAUAGUGCUCAGUGAUGUCCCUACAGAACCUAUUGACAUGUUUUUAUGUCGUUAUUUAUAUGUAAAUUUAAAAUACUAUAAAACUGCUUGAACAAGUUACCCUAUUACAUACUUUAAGCAUUUUUGCUUAUCUUGUUUAUAUAAUAUUUCAAAACAAACUUUCUUCCUAGGGUACGAAGUUAAGUUUAAACCCCUCCCCUGUAUGAAUUACCAAACAUUCCAAAGUUACACCUAAAUUGCAAAAACAUGAGUGUUGCGCUAAAGAUAAGGCCUAAGUACCAGAACUAAAGAAAAGAACUUUAUAAAGGUCACUGCAGGUUAUCACAGUGAAGCUUUAUAUAUAUUUUCAUUUUGAUAGCGGCUCCAUGUGUUAUACUGUAUUUUUAAAUGCCAUGAUCUAUCUCAAGAUGGUACUUUUUAAUGUUAUUUUGUCUUAUUUUUUAAAGUGAUUGUCCUUGAUACCAACUUGUGGGUUAAAAUGGUUAGUUUCAGAAAAAUUUUUUAUAAAUGGAUGAAUAACCAAUUUGUUUUAUGGUACAUAAUGCGGAGACUUUAAGAUUCCCCUGAAGGCAAAUUGUUUCUAGACCUGAUGGUAUAGGUUGAGUUCAUUGUUCUUCCACCAUGACCACUCCUGAAUCAGGAGUCUUAACAUUUAAGCUAUAUCCAGAUGAGGGAAGGAACCAGAGUGAUGCUAUACCUUUCAAAAUUGUAACCUGAUUUUUAGCAAUGGGCCCAGUAGGAAAAAUGGCCGAUGUGAGCUUUAUUCAUAGAAAUAAAGGAGUGCUUGCAUGUGUAUACUCUAACACACUUUAGUCUAUGAUCUAAAUGUUCUUCUAUGCUAUUAUCUUCUGCAUGCAAACUUUACAUACAUGAGCAUGAAUGUCAGCAAAGCCCAUUGAACACAGCACUUGUAGAAUAACUGCCUUUCAGAAAUAAUGCUUUCCCAUAAUUGAUUAUAAUAAGCACCAAGCAAUCCCCACAAAACAGCUAUCAAUUCCACCAAACUAGUCAGCACAUCUGUUCUAUCAUUUUAGUAUCAUAAAAGGGAGACAUUUAUGACAUGUUUGUACAUUGUAAAUAAUAACUCCAGGCAUCAUAUCAUAUCUAUGUAAGACUUUAAGAGACCAAUUCUUUUCUAGAGUGAAACUAUUAAUGGUUUCUGAAGAAAUGGAAUUGUUUAGCUUUUAAACGUGUCAAAAUAUUACAUAGGGGUAUAAUCUGUUUAAAUAAGCUUUAUUUAUGCCAGGGAUUUUUUUUUUUUUUUUUAAUCAGAAAAGUAAUGAAUGGGAGUCGAUUAGACCAGAGUUCGCUGACAGGAAUGCCUAUCCAACUCUAUUGUCCUCAAGUAUGUCUGGUUGAUGGGCUAAAGUUUUGCAUAAAUGAAAUAUCACUGCAGCCAUGUCUGGUAUCUGGAGGAAGCAGGAUCAGUGGUUUAAAAUAAUUUUACCUUUCCUUCAAAUGAAUUGCUUCACAGAGAAGUUCAAUAUUUAAGUGAUAAACUUUUAUUACCAGAGCUGCUUUGGUUAAAACCUUUUCAUCUCCCACCCCAUGAACCUUCCCCGAGACACCUCUACAGAGCUCAGGAGCACAGCUUUCAAAACCACUGAACUAGAAAUUUCUUGAAAUCCCUUUGAACAUUACUAUCUCUGUCCUUGUAAGCAGGCAACCAUGGGAUCUCUUUUAGACUAGCAGAUUAAUCCUUACCACACUAUAGUCCUUCUAAAUGUGGUUGUCGGGUCUUAAGACUUUUCAAGAACAAAAUUUUCAAUAUUAUGUUUUCGAGUGAUGGAAUCAAAACAAACAUGGUUACCACCUUCAUGUGGCCAAGUCACUGUUUAAUGGAUGAAAAAGUUUGAUGUUUCAGUUAUAUAUGAGUUCAGUACUCAGUUCAUUAAAGUUGUUUUGCCAAGUCGUGGUAAGAUAUACUGAAAUUUCCUCUCCUAUUGUUUUUUGAAUUUUUUUUUAGCCUUAAAAUUAAUAAUAUGGAAAAUCACUAAAAACAGCACAGCAUGAGUUGGUGUUACGUUUAACUAGGAAGGGUAAUAACAAUAGAUGCAGGAGAACCUAAACAGAAAGUUCAAGGUUAUUUUAUAUGAGAACGGAUCAGUGUUACUAUUUAUCAUUUACAGUGAAACCUGUGAGAGCUAGAACUCCACGGGACUGCCUUGUUUUUCCAAAUCUCACGAGUUUUCCACCUUUGACAGGGUACAGUCUUACCACUUUUCUAUUGCUUUCUAUUCUAUUGGAAAAAAGUUUUCCUUCUUCGACAGUUUUCUGCCUUACGCAGGUCCCCACUUUCACAGGCUUUACUGUAUAUAGCAUUUUAUAUUUGCAAAAUGUUUAAUUUUUGUCACUUAUUCUUUGCAUAUCUAUGAAAGUUCAAAAAUUGAGGCACCUAACAGUAAGAUAACCCAUUGAAACAAUGGCAAAAAUAGGACUUAGACGAUUAGAUUUUCUGAAUCCUAGAAUACCUACUGAACUCGCUGAGGUAUAUUGUGUAUCACUCUAUUUUAUGAGAUGACUUUAUACAAAUAACAGUAAAUUGUUUUAAAGCUGACCUCAUUGUGUGUGGAUAAAUCCUGUACAAAAUAAAUAUUAUGUAAUGUAAUGAAUACAACUAGCUACAAGAGUGUUAAUCAUAAAAUUCAGGUUAUCACAGAAAUGGCACUUUUUUAAAAAUUUUUAUUGUGCUUUAAGUGAAAGUUUAUAAAUCAAGUCAGUCUCUUAUACAAAAGUUUAUAUACACCUUGCUGUAUACUCCCAACUGCUCUCCCUCUAAUGAGACAGCACACUCCUUCCCUCCACUCUCUAUUUACGUGUCCAUUCGGCAAGCUUCUGACCCUCUCUGCUCUCUUAAUCUUCCCUCCAGACAGGAGAUGCCAACAUAGUCUCAUGUGUCUACUUGAUCGAAGAAGCUCAUUCUUCACCAGUAUCAUUUUCUAUCCCGUAGUCCAGUCCAAUCCCUGUCUGAAGACUUGGCUUUGGGAAUGGUUCCUGUCUUGGGCUAACAGAAGGUCUGGGGACCAUGACCUCCGGGGUCCAUCUAGUCUCAGUCAGACCAUUAGGUCUGGUCUCUUUAUAAGAAUUUGGGGUCUGCAUCCCACUGCUCUCCUGCUCCCUCAGGGGCUCUCUA